GUUCUAAUCAGAAUGUGGAGUUAUAGACAUUUUCAAACAUUUUGUUUGACUGUUUCGGCAUAUUCUUAUUUUAGUAUCCAGUCGUUUCUAUUUCGAAUACGAAAAGCCAAUACAGGGUGGACCAACAAAAGCUGUGAAAAAUAAGGAAUGUUGGAUCCUGGUCGGAGGGACGUUUUUGAUAUAUUCACAUUUAUAUACAAAGUCAACGUACAUGUUUCAAAUUCCCUGAUAGUAGUUGUUCUGAUAGACUGCAGUUGCUUGGACGCGUCUUUAAACAGCCACAAAAGCUGGAGUCUUCUUCCUUCGAUAGACGGCUGCGGGGAGACCAGAUUCAAGAGGCGCAUUAUUGGCGGCGAAAUAGCCGCCCUUGGCCAAUUCCCAUGGAUGGCUAGAUUAGGUUACAAGCAAAAACGUAAUCGCGAACUGAAGUUCAACUGUGGAGGAGCUUUGGUCAAUAGAAACACCGUAGUUACGGCUGCACACUGUAUUACAGGCAAGAACAAGAAGGAACUGAAAAUUGUUAGAUUGGGAGAAAACAAUGCCCUCAAGCCGAUAGACUGCGAAGGAAAUGUAUGUGCACCAACGCCUCAAGAUUACAGACCUAUGAAGAUUAUAGCUCAUGCUAACUUUGGCAGCAGGACUUAUCGGAACGACAUCGGUCUCAUCAGGCUGAAAAGGAAUGCUCAAUUUCAUGAUUUUGUUAAGCCUAUAUGUUUGCCACGUGCUGAUAUCUUGGGGUCAUCUUUCAAAUUGGAGGGUAAAGUACAGCUAGCAGGUUGGGGUACCAUUAAUCCAACCCGUAUUGAGUUACCAAGCAAACUUUAUCACGUCACUUUGGAAACGAGAGACCUAGACGUGUGCCGAAAAAUUUACACUGGAUACCAGGUACACAAGAGUUAUCACAAACAAACAGGUUUGAUUUAUUUAAAAAUGCCACAUUUUCAACCUUGAGUUUUGUCCUUAACAUUGGCGUAAACCUUACCGCAACUUCUUUGUUUCUCAGAUCAAUUCAUUUUUCUUGAACCAAAUCAAAUCGACGCACUUCCUAUUCUUCGUUUUCCUUUUUCCUUCAUUUUUUUCUCUUCUCUCUCUUGACGGAUGGUUCUGGGCAACCUCUGACGCACGAUGACGAAUAUUAACACAAUUUUAGUACACAUUUGGUAGCUACGGCUUUUAUGUGAAUUAAAGAUAUCCAGUUAAAUUACACAGAUUCGACGAAGUCUGUGAUUGGCUUACGAUGCUUUGUGCAACUUAGUGAUUUAUUUUCUUUUAGAAUUAUCUUUGAUUUCCACCGAAGUUAUUGUUACAUUUUGCAUAAAUUGUCACUGCGGCAGUUUGCCGCGUCAAGGUUACUAGGCAACGCGGUGAUGCGCUUCGCUAUCUCUUUCUAACGUAUGUGUCCUAUACACACUCCUCCCUCGUACACGUUAAACUUAAGCCGUCAGACAAAUUUGGUUUUCGGUGUAUAGAAAAAACUACAUCAAAUGUGCUAAUAAUACGCUGAGAGAAAUUUAUGGUUUAUGAUUGUAGAUAGAUGAAAGCCAAUUUUGCGUUGGAGUGGGGAAGGGCAAGGAUACGUGCAGAGGAGAUUCUGGAGGACCUAUGAUGCAGUUUGUGAA